AUUCACUGACUCACCUUUUCUUCUGAAACAGCAAAGCCACCUUUCCCUCCACUCUCUCUCCUCUCUCUCUCUCUCUCUCUCUUUCUCUCUCUCUCUCCCCCCUUCGCUUUUUCUCUCUCUUCCGCGCGCAAGGUCCUCGCAGCCCUUAAAGCCGCCAUUUUUCCCGGCGUUUUCGAGUUUCGGAGCUCAAGUGUUGGUGUUCUGAUCGCUCGUCGCCGGCACUGCCAUUUUCCGGCCUCCGAUGUGGCGGCGGCGCCACUUGGUGAGGGGCAGAAACUGGGGUUUCCGUAGCUGAGAGAUGGGUUGCGUUCUGGGAACGGGAGCCGGCGCCGGUCGUCGGAGGUCGGUCGGAGCUUCGGACCGGCGCCGGAAGGUUGAGGAACGCCCGGUCGCCGUCUCUCGCGGCGCUAAUGCCAUUAGGGUUAGGAAGGAGAGAGAGAAGAUCCGGCAGCCCGGGGAUUUUCCGGCCCCGGAGAGGCGGAGGCCGAAGCCGAGGCCGGAGCCGGAGAUGGAGCUGUACCCGAGGACCAAUCAGCAAGGGUGGCCGUCCUGGCUAGUGGCUGCCGCCGGGGACGCUAUCCAGGGAUGGACUCCUCGGCGCGCCAAUACCUUCGAGAAGCUAGAUAAGAUUGGGCAAGGGACAUAUAGCAAUGUAUAUAAAGCCAGGGAUCUGAUUACGGGAAAGAUAGUAGCUCUGAAGAAGGUGAGGUUUGAUAAUUUAGAACCGGAGAGCGUGAGAUUCAUGGCAAGAGAGAUUCUUGUUCAGAGGCGACUAGAUCAUCCCAAUGUGAUUAAGCUUGAAGGAUUGGUCACAUCCAGAAUGUCUUGCAGUCUGUAUUUAGUUUUCGAGUACAUGGAGCAUGAUCUAGCGGGGCUCGUGGCUUGCCAGGGUGUCAAGUUCACUGAACCACAGGUAAAAUGCUAUAUGAAGCAGUUACUGUUGGGGCUUGAGCAUUGCCACAGCCAAGGUGUCUUGCACCGUGACAUUAAGGGUUCUAAUCUGCUUAUUGACAAUGAAGGAAUUCUAAAAAUAGCUGAUUUUGGGCUCGCUACUUUUUAUGAUCCUGGUCACAGGCAACCCAUGACUAGUCGAGUUGUCACCCUUUGGUACCGCCCCCCUGAACUUCUUCUUGGGGCCACUUUCUAUAGUGUUGGCGUUGACCUUUGGAGCGCUGGCUGCAUUUUGGGAGAGCUACUUGCUGGGAAACCAAUAAUGCCAGGGCGGACAGAGGUUGAGCAGCUGCACAAGAUAUUUAAGUUAUGUGGUUCCCCAUCUGAGGAAUACUGGAAGAAAUCUAAGUUACCAAAUGCAACACUUUUUAAGCCACAGCAACCAUACAAGCGAUGCGUUGCAGAAACCUUCAAGGAUUUCCCUGCUUCUUCUCUCCCUUUGAUUGAAACCCUUCUUUCGACAGACCCUGCUGAACGAGGCUCUGCUACUGCUGCUCUUAAUAGUGGAUUCUUCACAACUGAACCUCAUGCAUGUGAGCCAUCAAGUUUACCGAAGUAUCCUCCCAGCAAAGAAUUGGAUGUAAAAUUGAGGGAUGAAGAAGCUAGAAGGCAAAGAGGUCUAACCGGAAAAUCUGCUGUUGUUCCUGGUGCCAAAAGAGUUAGAGUUCGUGAUCGUGGUGGCCGGGCAAUUCCAGCCCCAGAAGCCAAUGCAGAGCUCCAAGCAAAUUUGGAUAGAUGGAGAGUUGUGACACAAGCAAAUGCAAAGAGCAAGAGCGAGAAGUUUCCUCCUCCUCAUGAGGAUGGAGCUGUUGGAUUUCCUCCAGGUACCUCACACAAUGGCCCUCUAUCAUUUGGUGCAGCCGAUGCAUCCUUCGGUUCAACCAUUUCCAACCCGAGGUCAUCGGGAUCUCUCAAAAGCACUGCAGCAGGUGGAGGACCUUCCCGAAGGAGAAAAACCAGUAAAGAACCCCGGAUUGCUCCGUCUUGGAGGUUCUUUCGCCAACUUAGGCCAUCCUCAAUCGGGCUAUCGGUGGAUCUAAGACUCAAGAGUUAAGAAUAGGUCUGUUAUGAGGUUUUUGGCAGCCGUAAGUAGGAAAAAAUAUUAUAGGUUUAUUUUUGUUUCUAUUUUUAUUUUUGAAUUAGUUGUCCUACCUCUCUCACUUAGCUUGGUUUUUUCCAAGUGCAUUUUUCUCCAUUAUUAUCCCAUUUAUUGUACUUCAAAACAUAAAUGUCUGGUGUACAAUCCACACAACAGAAACCCUAAGUGCUUGGUGUAUGAUCCGGAGAAUGGAAUCCCACCUGCUUUGUACA